AUGGCCAUGACUCUUCCCACGCUCUUCAGUUUCUCUGCUCUCAUUCAGUGCAGUCUCAGUUUAUUGAAGAGGCACAUUGGUAUUACAGCAGUGGCAUUUAAUGAGGACCUUGAUCUUGUACAGAAACUCUUCAUGGACAAGAUUACAGAAUACAGAAUGAAGCUAUGGGUAUCUGGAGGACAUGCCGACAGUGGCCCAGAGACCCAGCAAGACCUAGAGAGGGAGCUUUUGAAGCUUAAGCAAAUGUAUGGUCAAGCAGAUAUAAAUAUGUCCCAUACUUUACAUGUGAAGAUCCUAAAUUUGCAGUAAUUGAAAAGCCCCAGA